AUGCUCCAACACGGCCAACCUGCCUCAACGCAAUCCAGCUUUGGCAUGGAAUCGCCUCAUUUCGUCCCUGCUCCUACUGACACUCAUCAGCGCGAGAGGUCACGAUCUCCUCGCAGACGUUCCAGAAGCCCCGAACGGACACACCGACGCCGGUCCUACUCCCCCCGCAGCCGAUCAGCCAGCCGGGACGAUUAUCGACGAAACCGUGAUCGCUCGCCCAUGACUAGCACAGGCGCCCCAGGCGGAGGACCAAGUGCAGGAUACAGUGGACAGGCUCCCCAUCGAUCAUACGAGGAACGAGCCGCAGCUCGAGAACAAAUGAUGAACAACAUUCGCGAAUCCUCCCAGCAGGACCGCCGAGUCUACGUCGGCAACCUUUCGUACGAUGUCAAGUGGCACCAUCUGAAGGACUUCAUGAGACAGGGUGAGGCUUUCAAUGCCGCGGAUCGCCGGUGGAAAACAAUUGUGGAAUAUGCUACACGGGAGCAAGCCCAACAGGCUGUUGCCCAACUGAGCAACCAGAACCUCAUGGGUCGCCUAGUCUACGUGCGUGAAGACCGUGAGGCUGAGCCUCGGUUUAUCGGAGCAACUGGCGGCAACCGCGGCGGCUUCGGCGGUGGCAUGCCUGGCGGCGGCGGAUUCAACCCCGGAUACGGCGGCGGUGCGCCUGGCGGCGGCGGUCGUCAGAUCUACGUGGCCAACCUUCCCUUCAAUGUAGGCUGGCAAGAUCUCAAGGACCUCUUCCGACAAGCUGCUCGAAAUGGUGCCGUGAUUCGCGCCGACGUCCACAUUGGACCUGACGGCCGUCCCAAGGGAUCCGGCAUUGUUGUUUUCGAGAGCCCCGACGAUGCUCGCAACGCCAUUCAGCAAUUCAACGGCUACGACUGGCAGGGCCGAGUCCUUGAGGUUCGCGAGGACCGAUAUGCCGGCAGCGGUCCUGGCAUGGGCUUCGGCGGCCGUGGCGGCUAUGGCGGAAUGCGAGGUGGAUUUGGCGGAGGCUUUGGUGGUCGUGGAGGAUUUGGCGGGGGCCGUGGAGGCUUCGGCGGCGGCUUCGGCGGCCGAGGUGGCUUCGGUGGCGGCGCAGGCGGUCCCGGCUUUGAGCCCCCUGCCAGCUCCGUCCCUCCUAACCCCUUCACUGACUUCGCUACUACUGGUACUGAACGCAGUGAGACCAUCUAUGUCCGCAACCUACCCUGGUCGACUAGCAACGACGAUUUGGUUGAGCUCUUCACCACCAUCGGCAAGGUGGAGCAGGCCGAGAUACAGUAUGAGCCCAGUGGCCGUUCCCGCGGCACUGGUGUUGUCCGCUUCGACACUGCCGAGACGGCCGAGACAGCCAUCGCCAAGUUCCAGGGCUACCAGUAUGGUGGCCGUCCCCUGAACCUCAGCUUCGUCAAGUACCUAAACCAGGGCGGUAACGAUGUCAUGGACACGGACCCGCAUGGAGGCUUGACCCAGGAUCAGAUCAUGUAA